AAAAAAAAAAUUGGACUUGAAAGGAAAUAGUACUCCAAGUAGAAGCGAACCUUCGCUUUCUGGUCUUGUGAUUCCAGCAAUGGACUCUCAUACUAAAAGCAUACUUUUUCUUCAAUUAUUAUUGUUUUCAUCAUCGUCAUCAUUCUCGUUGUUAUUUCUAGGGUUUCAAUUUCAGACCGGACCCAGCUUUGAAUUUCCACUUUUCAGCGAUUAUCUUCUGUCAAUCGGCUACUUUUUAUCUUCAAUGCGCUGCAUGAUAGUUCGUUGAUCUUUUCACUUCGAAUUUUUGAGGAAUUGUUCUCAACGUUACGUUCGAAAGUGGGUCUUCUUUAUCAUUGUGCAAGGUCAAGUUCAGAGGAUUUGCUGCUUGGAAUUUCACAAACUCCUGGCGAUUAUAUGGUUACAAGUUCUGGAAUUUGAGCUGGGAUGUGAAACAAGUUUUUGGCUCUAGCAUCGGGGAUUGUACACAGUACCUUUCAAAGUUGCGUAAACAUCCAAUUCCGGGGUUUGUGGCUUUGCAGGGUGUGAAACAAGUUUUUGGCUCUAGGUAAAUGCAGGACAGAGGACAUGAUAGCUUUUGUGUGGAUUAGCUGGCUGCAUGGGAGGCUUAUUGCACCUUAUUCACUUUAAUCAGCGCAGCAUGGCCAAGAAAGUUCUUGCACACAAGAGACAUGUUGGUGGGUUGGAGGCUCCUCGAAAUAGUUUGGAGCUGCCGGCGGAAUCUUCGCAGGACUAUUAUUCUGUUACAGAGAGUGUACCGCACUCUUUCCAAGGGACACGAGAGUGGUCUGAGAACAAAUCUUAUCCAACUGAGGCUUCAAUGAAGAAGUUGAUCAGUGAAGAGAUAUCCAAAGGACCAGGACCAAACACCAGGCGCAAUGCUCCAAGCAUUGUGGCCCGUUUGAUGGGAAUGGACAUGUUACCAUUAGAUACAGAAUCAGUUGCUCAGUCUGUUGAUAAAAAGAAUGAAAAACAGGGAAAUUUUCCGAGAAAGGAAAGGAAUAAAAAGGGUUCAGGUGGCCUUGCCCAUUGCAACUCAAAUUCUUCCAGACAGAUAGAGUAUGGUUCCUUUCACUAUAAUGAAGAUGGGGAUCCUGAUCGAUUGAAUGGUGGCAUGAAGUCGAAAAAGCUAAAGCCUCGAGAACAUCCUCAGGAGGAAGAAUUACAGAAGUUCAAGAAAGAAUUUGAAGCAUGGCAAGCAGCAAGGUUUAGGGAAUGCUCAAAGGUUGUUGAACUUGAGAGCAUACCUAGCCAGCGGCUUGCUCAAGAAAACCUCAACAAGGAAAAGAUCACUUUUUAUGCAAAUUCUAGGAGAGUGACAGCAAGUGAGACACCUAGAGAACUCAAAGGUCAUAUGGUAAAAGCGAGGUUACAUGAAGGAGGUGGGAUACAACACCGCGGGUGUAGAAAGGAACAUUUUGCAGCUGAGGAAAAAGAAUUACUCCCUUCAAGGAGCAGAACACUGAGCAGAGACUUUGAGCAUUCCCUUAUAAUGAGAAAGGAACAUUUUCCAGCUGAGCAAAAUGAAUUAUUCAAUUCAAGGAGCAGAACAUUGAGUAGAGACUUUGAGCACUCCCCUCUGAUGAGUUCUGAUCAGAAACUGUGGUUAAAUUCUACUCCCACAAGGAUAGUGAUCCUGAGGCCUGCCACUGAUCACAUAGGCCACAAUGAAAAAUCCUGGGCAAGUUCCUCGGGCAAUUCAGAAGAGAGAGAUAGUAUAGAAGAUUUUCUUGAGGAAGUGAAGGAAAGGCUGAAAUGGGAUUUGCAAGGAAAAGCUCUUAAAAGGGGUACUGUGGUCAGAGGAGGUGGAAUUGAGACCCCUCAUAGUGAGAAGCCAUCAGAUCCAAAGAAAAUUGCUCAACGCAUAGCGAAACAGGUUAGAGAAAGUGUUACUAAAGACCUCGGAAUGAAUUUACUUCGGUCGGAAUCUACCAGAUCUUAUAGCAAUGAGAUUCAGUUAAAUGGACCAGGAUCCCCAGAGUUCAUAAACAGAGAUGCUAGGAGAUUCUUGUCAGAGAGGCUAAAAAACGUUCUAAAGAAUGAAAGGCAUCUGGAAAUUCCCGCGGCUGUCAGUGGCAGCUCAAGCUCUUCUAUGUUUGAUAAUGGAAGGGGCAGACUAAAACAAUCAGGAGAUAACUGUGAGGCCACAAACAAUGUGAUCUACCGUGACAAUGUGAUAGACGAACCAAAAAUGCAAACCAGAUCUUUCAGAUGCGGGCCUGAUGAUGAUGUAAUGCUCCAUAGAGAACCAUCCCCCAGGAACCUCAUUAGAUCUUUGUCGGCCCCAGUAUCAGGAACAUCGUUUGGGAAGCUGCUUCUAGAGGACCGCCACGUUUUAACUGGGGCUCACAUCAGGAGGAAGCAUGAAGUCAUUGAAAAGAUUACAGUGGAUCUAAAAAAACGGAAGAAGGAAAAAUUCAAUCUUAGGGAAAAGGUUUCCAGUUUCAAAUACAGUUUCACUCUCACAGGGAGGCUAUUUGGCAGAAAGAUUCAGCCUGCAAAGGAAUCACAUAAUUAUGAAUAUGAUUCGAUGAAAGAUAUGAUGAGUGGACCAACAGUUGUGAUGAACUUCUGCGACAGGCAUGAGAACUCCACUGAGGUGCCACCCAGCCCUGCAUCUAUUUGCAGCAGUGCUCAUGAAGAGUUAUGGAGGACUGCAGAAAAUCUCAGCCCAACAUCAUCAUCACAAGAUCUACCUCCACUAGAAGACACUGCUGUGUCUCAGGUUUUCAAAGAGAUCAGCUCUAAUCUGAAUGAGCUGCGGAGGCAAUUGAGUCAACUUGAGACUGAUGAUGGUUCAGAGCAAACAAUGAUUGAAGAACAGCCCUUGGAAGCUGAAAUGGUGGAAUUAGAGGACCAAGCAGAAGCUUACAUAAGAGAUUUGCUUGUAGUUUCUGGUUUGUAUGAUGGUUCAUGUGAUAAUGUUUUAUCAAGACGGGACCCAUUUGCAAAGCACAUAAGCAAUGUAGUUUUUGAAGAAGUCGAAGAAUCAUACAAGGAUAUGGCCAAGGAUAAUGAAGGGUCUAGUAAGGAUCAUGAUGAGAAGAAGGUAGACCACAAGGUGUUACUUGAUUUGUUGAAUGAAACACUUUCAAUUGUACUUGGACCACCUGUGACCAUGUUGUCUAGAUUUAGGAAAAAGUCUAUUUGUCACAUGCUGCAACCUCCCAAUGGAAGGAAGUUAUUGGAUCGCGUGUGGGAGAUUAUUCGUGCAUAUGUGUACCCUCCAACAGACAAAUCCUAUUACUUUCUUGAUGGUUUGAUGGCCAGAGACCUUGCGCUCUCUCCAUGGUCUGGAUUGAUGAAUGAUGACGUUGAUGCUUUAGGGAAAGAGAUGGAAUCCCAGAUUAUUCGUGAUCUGAUUGAAGAAAUUGUGAAGGAUAUGCAGUAAUAAUGUUGUAUAGAGAUUAGAGAACCCUCUAUGUCUUGACCAUUCUCAUAGUCAGAGGGACCGGGGCUGGGAGAUGGCGAAGGGUGUUAAACUUCCACAGAAACGAUAUGAAAUGGGGUUUUGUAUAUGGGAGCGAAGUAUAUAUUGUUACAUGCAUUGCCCAAUCUGGGUACAACCACGUUUCUUUAGCAAGGUGAAUGUUAACAGGGGAUUUGCAUGUCCACUGUUUGUGUUAUUUAGAGAUCAUUGUGAUAAAGAACGUGGGUUGAUUUGGGUUUCAUCUUGGCUGUAUAUUAUUUCAUGGAUUAAUCUUUUCUUUUGAUGAAUUGAUUAGAUUAUCAAUCUGGGAACCAGUUGGAGUGGUCUGGACAUCCCAGAAAAAGCAGCAUAUGGUGAGUGACCAAAAUUUUUGUGGUAAUUGAAUGCUCUAAUCUAUUGAAAGUUAAACAAGUGAUACAAUUUUCAGA